GCGCAUGCGUGCAAAGUAACGUGGGUGUGCUCUUCGUUAAAACACAGAGUGGUUUGGAAGGUGUCCUCAAUAGUCGCACGGAAAGUUAUCUAAAUCUGCCGUAUAUAACUCAUCUGUCUGCAGCACGUUGAAAUACAAGGGACCUGCGUGCGUCUUUGUUUUUGGAUCACUAGUCAAUCUUCUGGAAUAGGGAUAUUCACGUAAACCACCCUGGAAAUGGCAACCCGUUUCAUUGCUGCGCUGAUCUUUGUGAUUAAUUUUAUUUUGAUAACGGCUAACGAAGAUCUCAGAGCUGAGCAGUUCGAGAUAACCAAUGAGCUGAUACCAGAAUAUAGACCAGCAGAAGACACAUCCAUUACGUUAGAUCUCAUCAUUAAGAACGUGGGUGACAUAGAUUUGCAUUCCUCACCCGAGGAGAUUCCACAUUUCUACGCACAGGCUUACCUAGCUGAUAACGUAGAAGAGGAAAAUGCACACCAGAAAUCAGAGCAUUUUAAUCUCACAAUUACAGAUGCCAAUGUGUUUGGAGCCUUCCCACAGCAAACAAAAGUGAACCUGACCGCUAUAACAGGUACCAUCAAGGUCGAUGCCGAACACUGUCUUCACUACACACACAUGUGUGUGCAGAUUUACCCAAACAAGACGGACAAAAAUAUGACAAACGAUGACUUCUGCUUAAAAGUGGGAGUACCACCACCUGGGGGAGUUGGUAAUUUAUUCUGCACAGAUUUGGUUAUCGAUUUCUUCAACAUCACGUCUCCCACGGCGGUGACGUACAAGGCUGGUGUGGAAGAAAAAAUAACUGCUUCAAUCGGUGUUAAGAACCUUGGAGCAGUCGAUCUUCCUUUUGAGGAAGCAUCAAGUCACUGGGGUAUUGACCUGUACCUACAAGGCCCAGAAGCAUCUAUUGACCUUGGAUACGUCAGAGUCAAAUCUGGGGAGAGAGAAAAGCCUCACCAGGCAUUCUAUGGCCGUAAUCAUCCUGAGAAUCCAAGCAACGUGGUGACCGUCAAUGAUGUUGCAUUAGAAGUGCUGCUGGAUAAGAACAACUGCGAGAAGUACCAAGAACUCUGUCUACGGUUGUUGCCGAGUGUGACUGCCCGAAGCGAUUCCAUGGAUGACGACGAAGAACGAUGUCUAGCAUUCAAUUCGAUGAUAGUAGACGGUGGAGCUGGCAUGAAAAAUUGUGAUUUUGUGAAGACAGAGACAAAGUCAGAGAAUAAGCAACAAGUUGAAAUAGUAGGGGAUAGCGAGCCUGACGCUGGGAAUGAAAUCGUGGGAAACUCUGUAAUAACACUUGUGUUAGCUGCAUAUGUGGCGUGGUUCUUGUAGAACACAGUGCGAUAUCAGAAAUGAGAUUUCUAAGAGACCAUUUCAUCUGCUGUUGCAGUAACUUUAUUUCUACUCUAUGUAACCUUUGCUAUUUUAGAUAUACGCGUCGUACAUAUAUUAUAAAAGGUGUUGUUAGAAUUCAUGCAAAUGUUAUGAACAGUGACGAUCCAAAAUCAGAUCGAAUUUUGUAUAUUCCAAUUAAUGUAAUCUGCUAUAUUUAGUCAAUAUUAGGUUACACUUAGCAUCUUCUUAGACAUACAGAUUUGUCAUUUCUUGAAUAUAUUUGCAUUUUUCUUUUAUUCUUAUAUUUUGCGAACAUUUAUUUUUCAUAACAAACCUAAACAGGACAUACACAAAUAUAUUGAAUGGUUGAUUAUAUAAUCUUAGAAGGAUUCUGAAAUUGAUCGAGAAAUUUUAAUAUAAGUACAGCACGGUUAUUGGUCAAAAACAAUUAUAGAGUGCUCCCUACCACGUACGCGCUUACAAUUGCAUUCAAUUCUGUAUGUUCUGGGGAUAAUAUCUCACUGACCCCUGUAAUUAUCAUCAUUGAUUUGGGCAAUUGUUGCUAAAAAUCUAAGAAUUCUGAAAAUCUAAUUUAGGAGUACCUCCUAAAAUAAAGAAAGCCGUACAAAUAUCAAAAUACACUUACAAAUAGUUUUGAGGAAUCACAAAAAUGCAAAUAUUUAAUUUGGUGAUUUGAUAGCACGAUUUUUGGCGAUUGCAAUCUAACUUCAGUUAUCCAAUGUUGCCAAGCCAACCGAUGUACCAUUUCUCACAAUAAUGAGUGGGAGGUGUUCCACAUAUUAUCAAAGUGUGAAUGCAAUUCUAGUUGGCGUUAAACAAGUUUCUAUCAGGUUUAGACUAUGAUAAUAAUAUAUACAUUUUACAAUAAUAACAAACGAUUUCAACUGUUUUUGACAACAUCCACAUAAUAUAUAUGGUGGUACAUAUUUGUUUUUAAAGUUUAAGGGUUAUUAAAUAAUCACUGAAGCCUGUACUAUCUGUAUUCAUAGAUAACUAUUAGAGACAAUUAUUAAAAAAAACUUUUUUUGAAAGCUCUUUCUGGCCACCGUACUAUUUACUUAUAUGAGUGUGUAUCGCAAUACGUUCGCAAUGGACCACAAUAGUAACUUUUGAUUGUAUCACGUAUUAAUCUUGUUCAUAUUUGUCAAAUGUUUUGUGAUGAUCGUGAUUUAAGCACAUUUGUCAAAUGUAAAAAACUGUAAUGGCGGCCAUUUUGUCUUCAACUAAGACCUGCUUAUGUAACUAAUAUAUGCGAGUAGUCGCCUUGAUUGAACAGACUAUAUAUUUUAUCUGAUAUAUUUAUCAGUUCCGAAAUAUGUUAAGUUAUAUUUAGCACAUUUUUUAUUGCUGCUGUCCAAUAAUACACCAAAUAAAACUAAUCUAGUUUUGACAA